AUGGAAGGAAUUCAACAUGAAAAACAAGCUUCGGGCGAAAAUAUUUCAAUAAAUGUGAUACCAGCACCGGUCAAUCCUGAUCGAAAGGAGAAAAGAGAAUAUUUCUUCUUCCAGAUAUCAGAAAAAACGCCACUGAAGAAAUGGUUGGUAGAGUGGGAAAAACAGUAUCGUGAGCGAUGGAAUAAUCAUCUGCGUCUUCAUAUCAAGAAGGACGUUUUGACUGAAGAUGAAGAGAGACGGUUAAUUCAAUCACAUGAAACACUCAAAAAUCGAUGGGCAGAGAUAGCUAAGUACAUUCCUGGAAGAACUGAAAAUUCAAUAAAGAAUCACUGGAAUGCCACAAAAAGGAGGCAAAUUUCAAGGAGAAAGAUAAAGAAAGUAAAAGGAGAUAGAAGACAGUCAACAUUAUUAUAA